AGCAUUUAAGUUAAUCAAACUUCCGGAAUCCAGUGCAAUGUCCGUGGAAAACAUCAUCUUGAGUGCUAUAAACUUGUGAAUACCGAUUUACAAGUCGUAGUUAGCGAUAAUCCUCAUUUCUGUGAUAGUGAGUGCUCAAAUUCUCUGCAAACAUGGCAGAGUGCGUUAAGGUCAUUGUGAGGUGCCGCCCAAUGAAUGAGCGGGAGAAAGGCUUGAAGUGUAACACAGUCAUUGGUAUGGACACACCGAAGGGACAAUGCAGCAUUAUAAAUCCUGGAGAUCCAAAGGCGCCUCCCAAAAUGUUUACAUUUGAUGGAGCUUACUUCGUGGAUUCUACGACGGAGCAGAUAUACAGUGAAAUUGCAUACCCUUUAGUUGAGGGUGUGACAGAGGGUUACAAUGGCACAAUCUUUGCUUACGGACAAACAGGAUGUGGAAAAAGUUUCUCUAUGCAGGGCAUCACGAACCCUGCCACCCAAAGGGGCAUCAUUCCUCGGGCAUUUGCUCAUAUAUUUGAGACUACAAGCAUCAAAGAAGGCAUUAAGUUUCUUAUCCAUGCCUCAUAUCUGGAAAUCUACAAUGAAGAAAUUCGUGAUCUGCUUGGGAAAGAUGCCAGAGCAAAGCUAGAUUUGAAAGAGCACCCGGAGAAAGGUGUCUAUGUCAGUGGUUUGUCUAUGCAUCCUGUGCACAACGUUUCUGAGUGUGAACAUAUCAUGAACAAAGGCUGGAACAACCGCAGCACUGGAGCCACACUGAUGAACGCAGACUCUUCUCGCAGCCACUCUAUCUUCACCAUCUAUAUGGAGAUGGCGAACACGGAUGACAGUGGGGAGGAUCAUAUCCGGGCUGGCAAACUCAACCUGGUGGAUCUUGCUGGGAGUGAGAGACAGGGCAAAACAGGUGCAACGGGUGAUCGCUUAAAAGAAGCCACUAAGAUCAACCUGUCCCUCUCUGCCCUUGGAAAUGUUAUCUCAGCGCUUGUUGAUGGAAAGUCUAAACAUAUUCCCUACAGAGACUCCAAGCUCACCCGUCUAUUGCAGGACUCCCUGGGUGGCAACACAAAGACCAUGAUGGUGGCCUGCCUGUCACCGGCAGACAACAACUAUGACGAGACCCUGUCAACCCUGCGCUACGCUAACCGUGCCAAGAAUAUCAAGAACAAGCCGAAGAUCAAUGAAGACCCGAAAGAUGCACUGCUGCGGCAGUACCAGGAGGAGAUUGAGAAGCUCAAGGCUAUGCUGGCGGGGCAGAUCCCUGUUGAAGCCGCUGUGGCUGCUGGUGCUACAGCCAAUUCACGCUCAAAGAAAUCCUCACGUCCUUCGUCUGGGGGAUCUGAUGCUGAUUCAGUGAGGGCGGAGUUGGAGGCAGAGAAAGAGAGGAUCAAAGAAGAGUACGAGGCGCAGGUGAAUGAGAUGAAGUCUGCCUAUGAGGCAGAGAAGUCUAACAAAGCCAAACUACAGCAGGACAUGCUGCGGCUGCGGGCAUUUUACGAUGACAAACUGCGGGAUGUGGACGGUCAACUAGCUGGCCUACCCAGCACUGCAGAAGUGCUAGGGGGACUUGAUGAGGACGAGUCAGGCGAGCUACACACAGGUAAGAAGAAGGCCAAGCAGGAUGGUGACCGUCCAAUGUCCACUACUAGUGAGGACACUGGCAUUGUUGGUCCAGACAUCUCAGACAUUGGGAAACCUGUGAUUCUUGGUGCUGAUGGCUUGCCACACAUCCAGAAGAAACCAUGGGAGAAUGGGGAAAUUCCCGGCAGUGACAAAAGGGUUAUGGCCCCGGAGUCGUUGUUCCAGGAGCAACAACAGCAGCUGUUGAAGAUCCAGCUACAGCAACAGCAGAAGCUAGCCCAGAAGGCGCAAAAUGAGGAGGGCGUGCCACGGCCAAACGCCUCACCGGUGCUAGAUGGGGAGAUGGAGGCCAAACAGAAGGAGGCUCUGGCAAGACUCCUGGCGUUACAGCAGCAGAUGGUGGGUGGGGAGAAUGCAGACAACGAACAGUUUAAGGAAGCUCAUGACAAGAAAAUGCAGCAUGCUGAAGACAUCAGGCAAAAACUGGACAAGGCUAACAAGAAAAUGGAAGAUGAUGGCAUAGUGCUCAACAUCUUUGACAAUGUGCAGGAUGAAAUCAAAGCAAAGAACCAAGUUCUGGAAGAGAGGAAGCAGCGGAUUGAAAGUCUUGAGCGGGACAUCAUUGACGUCCAAUCUGAAUUUGAGUUUGACCGCAUCGAGUACCUGGACAUGAUCCGUAAGCAAGACAAGCAGCUAGCCUACCUGGAGGCGGUAAUAGAGCGGAUACAUCCGUGUCUCCGCCGUGACUGCAAUUUCUACAACCUGGACCGUGUGCGCAUGGAGAGCCAUUACAAUGAGGAGGAGGAGAAGUGGAUCCUGCCUAAGAUGACCAUCGAGAGGACGGCGCUGCCCGUCACUGGAACGGUCCUGCCCAGCUCAAAGAUGGACUCACGAAAUCGACCAAUGGGAAUGAAUGGGGAUCACGACGAUGACUUUGACGAUGAGAGACUCAGGGAGAAAUUGCGGCGUGCGGAGGAUCAAAGUCACACCCUCCAGCCAAGACGAGCGUCGCAGUUGAUCAAUUCAGGGGAGCCCAUCAACAAGAUCAACAUGCAGGAGAUACGCGGCACCAUCCGCCCGAUGAGGCAAGCCAACUCUCCAGUCACCAAUGGUUACCAUGGCUAUGAAGACGAGGAUGAUAUGAUGAGCAAAGAUCUUCGUGCAGCACAGGUACAUGGGCAGAUUCACAAUGACGAGGUGGUGCGCAAACCGACACGGCUUGACGCUUUGCCCGCUGUCACCGGGAGAAAGUCAAGGAAGAAGAAAGGUGGACUUGAUCCUUUAUGAAGUGGAUGUGAGAUCACAACUGAUUUCGAAGAUCUUUUGAGAGUUGAAAUUAUGUGCUUACAACCUGGGUGGGGGGGGGGGGGAUUUCAAUGCUUCAAAAUUUGUUAAUAUGAGUCUUGGGCUGCUGAAACUGUAAAUUGUCCAAGAUGAAGGGAGGACGGGGGUCCUGACAGGAUCAAAACUAUGUCAGUGAUCUUGAGGCUGUAAUUGUACAAUCCUCUCAUGCUGUUUUUUUUGUUUUACUUCUGGAGAGCAGCGGAAAUGAAGCUCAAUUUGCUGAAAGUAAAAACUUUUUUGUUUCUAUGAAAGUCGAGUUUUGAAAGCUCUUUGGGAUUUAGUGUGAUACAACUAUAUUCAGAAGGGAGACUGGGUAUAAUUUCAAUAAAUGGAAAGGUGGAUAGAAUUUUCAAGCAGCACUGUAAUUUGGACUUUCAGGGAAAAGAUUGUAGGUUCUGUCCGAGUGACUUCAGCCUUGUUUUGAGGGGUUGCAAGGUGUCUCUUCACCAAAUUGUGGCACAUGGCAGAAUUGCAUGUUUUCACUAGCACUUAUAUUUUUAGGAAUUGCUUUGUGAAUGUUGCUUUCUCCAUACUGUCAUUCUAGCGAUUUGGAACCCUGUUAUAUUGCACCCAUAUAUAACACACACCUGGACAUAAUACACUUGGAUCCUUUCUUUUAGAUGUUUGUUUGAAAAAUACAGCUAAAAUGUUUUUGUACUUUCCCUUUUUCAGUAACAUAACAAUCUGUGUGAAGAACCAAACUAGAUAUACUAAAGUGAUUAAGUGGCUUCAGGGUAGGUAAGCAAUACCAGAUGCAGAUCAAUUAAAGUGAAAAAGUAGGUGUUUUAAGACUUUAUUUCCCUUCUCUUUGCUCCCUGAAUACAGAUUUGUUUAUAAUCCUAAGUGUAACACGUCACAUUUUUCAGUAAAUCAUUUAUCGAAAUUGAAACAGGGUUCCUCGUGUUUUAAUCUGAAUUUUGAGUGUCUCAUGAGUGCUAUGCCAAUGCUGUGACACCCUCGUCAGGGUCUUUUUGUAAAGUACCAGAGCUUUAAAUCAUUGUCAGGAAAUCAUUUUCAAAAUGUGUUAAUAGUUUUGCCAUCUGUCCACUCUUUGAUUUACUUAUCAGCCGUACCUUUUCAAAUUUCUUCAUGGUAGAACAUUUAGUUUCAUCUUUAAGAAUUUGUGUUGGAAACAUGUUGCAUGUUCUGCAUUCCAUGCAUUCUGAUCUUAUUUACUUUCUUUAUGCUAUUUUUUGUUUAGCCCUCGCUUACUCAAAGUCAGACUGAUCUUGUGAUGUUUGAAAACUGCUUUGUUUAGUGGUGUAUUUUGUUGGUUCAUAACUUCACUUGUGGGGCAUGAUGUGCCGUUGACAGUUUUAUGCUGAAGGUAUUGCUCAGUAUAUUGACAAAUGUUAUAUGCUUUAUCCUUCUAUAAUUCCGUGUGUUUAAGCUGCCACUCAUUGCAGAGCAUCAGUAGAUGACUUUUUUAAGGUUUCAUUUUGCUUUUAAUAAUUUUUAUUUAAAAUUUUGAAAAUGAAGUUGAGAUAAAAUUGCUAGCAAUUUUGUUUUAAGCGUUAGAAACCCAACCCAACUGUCAACUGUUUGUACUUGCUUAUCAAUUUCAAUUCAGAUAAAGUCAAGCUUUCAUUUUACCAUAUUUGAAAAUUUAAGAGAAUUUAUAAAACUGGUCGAUUCCCUUGUGAAAGAAUUUUAUGGUCAUUUUAAGUGUUGCGGUUGCUUAUUAUGAACAUCUCAAGUCUUUCGGCAAUUUUUUAAAUCAGGGAAUAGUGUUCAUUGAUAUUGCUGACUCACUUGAAUAUUCGUGUUUGUAAGCACUCCUGUCGUCAAGGGUUCUCAUUUUUACAGCUCUGAAUGUCUCACAAUCUUCAAGUCUCUCGUGUCUCAUCUUUUACAUUUUAAAUGCUUAUAAAGCAUUUUUUUUAUUCAUUUCGCUUGUGAUUCAUCACUGUUUGUUCUUGUUUU